GUCCCUUUAAAGGGGUACUGACACCUUUUUUCGGAGACGAGUUUGCUCUGCCAUACAAAUCUCCUGUAUACAGAGAUCGCUCUGAGGAAGUGUGAAGCUCAGCAAAUGCGGAUAAGAUAUUUUAUUUUCAUAUUAAAGUGAAUUUUUUUAUGGCGCACCCACUGACAUCAACACUAGCUUGACGUCAGGCUACAGUACUAAUUUCGGUGACUUCACGCAGCAGUCUGGCUGGUUGUGAUGACGUCAGGCACCGGAAAAACAACAAUGGCAGCUUGCGCGUCGCCUUCUCGAUCGUCUGCUCGCGGCGUACGGUCGUGCGAUCACUAUCAUCCAGCGUACCUGUGAGGCGAGCGAGCGAAUUUAGAGUGUUGUGCGUGCACAACACUCUAAACACUGACCAGAGGGCAAGAGAUUAGUGUCAUCUCGAUCUGUCGCCAUGGCACCAAUAUUUUGCCCCGUGAAGUCGUGUAGUAGUGCAACGGGGGACAAUGGGUGCAAAUUCCACCGAUUCCCGUCCGAUCCGGCGCUGAGAGAAACGUGGGUCGCCUUCGUGCGCCGCGGUCGAGGCGGAGACUGGACGCCCACCAAGCGGAGUUUGCUAUGCUCACGCCACUUCACUCCAGACGCGUAUACGUGCAGCAUACAAUUGAUGGCCGAUUUCGGAUUGUCGACGAAGAAUGUGCGCCUUAAAAGUGAUGCCGUGCCAACGUUGUGUCACCCUGCUGUAACUGCGCGUCACGAUGCUAUCCAAGGCCGUGGUAAAAGGGACUGCAGGGGCAACAACUUGAAGCGUGUUGGCGAUCCCGAGGUGCGUGCUCCAGCGGAGGUCUCUGCCACAACGUGUCGCGAUGCGGAACAGCACGACACGGAGGCCUCGAUCAAGAAGCGUUUGCGAAGAGAUCCCAAGGACUCCUGCCGCCCCUACUCGGAACAAACCGACGCUUCUAACCAUUCGAGCUUCAUCCCUACGUUUGCGUCGCCGAGCAAAGAUGACCAAUUAUUGCUGCCCAGUUCUGUUGGUGCUGAAGAGAUUGAUGUGGCGCAGAGAAAUAUGAGAAGUGUUGAAUGCCAGACAGAGCUAACCACUGCAGAUCUUGCCCUGCUGGAGGACAUGCUGCAUCCGAGGUGUUCUACACCACUGCCCAUUGAUGACUCCUGUGAUGAAUCCUAUGGAUUUGUAGAUAAUUCACAGGACUGUACUUAUGAGCCUACACUGCAUGACAGUUCCUUGCCAGCUCCAGAAGCAGCAGCACCGCUUGAAAGGUCCAUGCUGCGAAAGUUUGUCGUGUACGAGGACCAGCUUCUUGAGCUCGUGAAGCUGUGCAAGACUUGUCUUCGCCCAGCAACAUCGUCCCUAGAGGUGCUUGGCUCUUUGGUCACUAUUACAACAACAUGUGAAGACGGCCACACAGUGACUUGGCACAGCCAGCCAAAGAGUGGAAACAAUGCUCUUGGCAAUGUUGCACUUGCUGCCAGCAUCCUUUUUACUGGAUGCAGCCCGAUGCAGACACUGCGCUUCUUGCGGAAUGCCGGGAUAAGCUGCUUCUCCAGCAGAACUUAUUACCGCAUUCAGCAUGACCUCUUGCUGCCAGCCGUCAACAAGGUUUGGGAGAAAGAGAAGAUGGCAUUGCAUCAGCAGCUAAAGCCAACAGGAGCGAGGCUUGCAGGGGACAGCCGAUCCGACUCCCCCGGAUACUGCGCCAAGUACGGCACGUACUCAUUGUUGGAGACGUCCAUCAAUAAAAUAAUUGAUGUUGAGCUUGUUCAGUCAAAUGAAGUAGCCUCCAGUGGCCAUAUGGAGUUGGAAGGGCUGAAAAGGACACUAAAAAACCUCCAUGACAGUGGAAUCGCAGUGCUUGAGAUCGUGACGGACCGCCAUCCACAAGUGCGGAAGUACUUAAGGACACACCAGCCUCCUCUGCUCCAUCUUUUUGAUGCAUGGCAUGUCAGCAAAGGCGUCAAAAAGCAGCUUAUCGCUGCUGGCAAGCACCGAGGCUGCGAAUUGAUUGGCCUCUGGAGGCGGUCUGUCAUAGCACAUCUCUACUUCGCCGUCGGAGUUGGAAAGGGCAAUGGGGAUCUUGCCAUAGCUGUGUGGCUCUCCCUCCUGAAUCACAUCCAGGACAAGCACACUGGACACGGCCUGCUGUACCCGGAGUGCAAGCAUGGGGAGCUGGAGCGAAGGAAGUGGAUCUUGCCAGGCACGGAUGCUUAUGACAGGCUACAUGCCAUUGUCACAAGCAAACGGCUUCUGGAUGACAUCAGGCAGGUGUCGCCCAAUUUUCAGACAUUUGGCGUGGAGUCAUUCCACUCCAUAAUAAACAGGUUCGCUCCAAAAUGCUAUGCAUUUUCGCAUCAAGGGCAGCUGGCCAGGUGUCUGCUUUCCGCCCUUCAUUACAAUGAAAAUUCGGGAAGAAUGCAGGCAGCAACGAAGAAAGGGGAUCUGCGAUGGCAGAUAAAGCAUCCAAAGGCGAGGGGAGGCGAGCCUGUUGCUUGUCCCAUCAGAGAACUGCCCACUUAUGUCUACGUGAAUAAUCUUCUGUCUGCUGUCGAGGAGCUGCUUGCUUGUGGCAGUAAAGAUGGAACGGAUGCCACGCCACAGCCACCAACCACACUUGUCAGCUGCCCUUGGGAGAGUCGACAAGGUGGCCAUUGUCGAAGCCCACAAGUCACGUUUCGCAGGCAACUGAAAGCCAGCUGA